GUAAGUGUCCCAAUUCCUUGCAAUCUCACCAAAUUAAAUUCUAAAGAUUUUUUUUUCUUAAUUUGCAUUGCCCUUCUUUUUCAAUCCAUAUCCAACCUUACUUCCCCUAAUUUUUUGCGGUCUUAUUUCCCUAUAUAUGACAUACUAACCCUUUCUUCUUUCUGCCGUGCAAGUAGUAGGAAAGCAAGAAACCAGAGAAAGUUGGAAACUUUCAACUCUGGUUAGUUCUUUUGGUUUUUAAUCGACCAAUUUUGAUUGUUGUUUGUUUGGUUGAAUUAAGAAAGGAUGGUGAGAAGAAGGGUUGAAAUCAAGAAAAUCGAUGACAACAACAAAAGGCAAGUUACGUUCACGAAGCGGCGCCAAGGGUUGUUCAAGAAAGCCAACGAGUUGUGCAAGAAAUGCGAUUGCCAGAUUGCUGUUAUGGCUGUUUCUAAAGCCGGGAAUCUGUUCGCUUUCGGUAACCCUACUUUCGAUGCGACUGUCCAACGUUAUCUGGACGUCAAAGCAGCCGAGGCCGCCGCCGGGGUGCCGGAAACAAAGGCCGAUGUCCUCCAUCAGCAGCAGGAGGAGCCGGAGUCGGAGGAGGAUUCGGAGUCCACCGAUUUGGAGGAAGAUAAGAGUUUGGCUCUGCGUUUAGCCCCUCCUCAGGAAAAGAAAGAGGAAGAGAAGAAGGUGGAGGAAGAAACGGCGUUAUGGGAUAUCCCGGUUGAUGAGAUGGGUUUGGAUGAACUGCAAAAAUUGAAUGCCCGGAUGGAAGAGGUGAAGAAGAGAAUUGCUGAUCGAGCUAAUGAUAUCAUACGUAUUGGUGGAUCAGUGAAGAACUGAUGAUUGAUGCUCUCUGUUUCUCUCUUUGUUUGGUUUUGGCCCCAAUUUUCUUUUUGUUGAAUUCUCUGUUCUUGGUGAUUAGUGUACUCUGUUUUUUUUGGUUUGAUAAUUCAUUUGUUAGAAGGAGUAGGAUUCAGGAAGCAAGGGUUUUAGAAUGAGGUUUACAGUUUAGUUUUGGCAAUGGUGUCUCUAAAGCAAGCAUGGUAUCACUUUGAAAACCUCAUUGCCAAUCUUCUUUUUUUUAAUUGCAUUUCUUACAUCAUUCCUUU